UCGCUAGUCUUGCUACAAGUGCAACAAUGAAACAAAGUUCCCUAUGUAUCCAUGUACGCCGAGGAUAUCCUCAAGGAUUAUGGCGCAUUCAUGGAGGAGCACGACAACAAGUUGCAGCUGCUGAGCAAACAAUUGUUGAACAACAAUCCGCAGCACGAUCGCUACAGCGUAAACAUGUAUGCUGUGGCACCGCCCAUUGAGAUAAGCUGCGUAGAUGUAGAGUACACAACAUGGCACAGGCUAAGGCUAACGGAAGCAGAGCUGCUGGCCAACAAGCCGCUCACAACGUUGGCACAUCUAUGCAAUCAAUGCAAGGAAUUAAGCAAGUCGACGCAACAGCUGCAACUAAAAUAUUUAAAUAUUGAUGAGCUCUUGGAGCAGCUGCGACUGCAGCUGGGUAACGCAUUGGAGCCCACGUUGCAUCACAUGAGCACGGCCAUAGAUUUCUUUUGCCAGCUGUAUUUCUUGCUUAAGCGCAUUAUCGAUGUUCUGCAAAAUAUGUGGUCUCAAAUAACGGCAUACAUAUCUGUAACUGUUGAGGUGAACGAACUGCAAUUGUUUACUGUAUUUGAUGCCAUGAUAGAGCUUAUCGAGCAGCUUGUAGUCUUCAACGAACUGACAGAGCAUUCCAAUAUAUCCACCCAGUGGGCAUUUUAUAGAAAGUGGCUGCAAAGCUUGGCCAAAAGCAAAGAAGCAGCUUGCAAUAGUUUUGAGCUAAAUGGUCUGCAAACUUCGCUGGAGGAUAUAGAGACUGUGAUAACGGGGCAAAUAUUUCGCAUAUUUCUAGAUAGUUUACUAGAGUCCAAGAAGCAUUUGCAGCUAAAGGAUGCGAGCGUGAAUAGCUUAACGCAGCAUGGCAAUGCAUAUAUACGCAAGCUGCUGAACAACAUUGAGUGGCAGGAUUAUAAGCACUAUGAGCAGCCAAAGCAGUUGCUGCAGCUGACUGCAUUUAUAUGCAUGCUCUACAAGCUGGGCGUGCAGCUGGAGGGUAAGCUGCUGAAGCAGGCAUUGGAAACGUUGUCAAAGUACCAGCGCUUGCCUUUGAGCCUGCAAGUGCAUUGGACGCCACAUGCUUUUAUCCAUCAGCAUGCCAAGACGCUAGUAAAGCCACAGGACAAAUCACCAGAGCCGAGCAAGCAACAGCUGGUCUUGUUGGACAAGCUCAAUCAAAGCGAUAUGAAAACCUGUCGUCAGCUGGGCACACAGCUAACGUUGUGGUGCAUUAGCAUGCAACGUGCUCUUGCCACAGGCGUCUUUGGGCAACUCAAGAGCUUUGCCAGACUGCUGCUGCAGGGUCAGAGCUAUGUAGCGCACAUCAACAGUCUGAUAGCUGGACUUAUACGCAGACAUGUGGCGUUGGCACAGCCGCUUGGCAAUGAUAAUUUAUGGCUUAUAUGCAAACUGUUGCAAUUUCUGCAGCAGAUGCAGCAAACAUUUGCAAUGAAUCAAAUGCACUGCACGCGCUAUUUGAACUCCUUGUUGCAGUGGCAAAAACAAAAAAUACAACAGCUGCUGUUGCAAACGAAACGCAAUAUGUCGGAUCUUAAGCAAAUGCAGCGCAAGCUGCAAAUCCUAACCAUGCUUAAGCUGACCGAGCGCGCCAUUAGAGGUCAAGCCAAUGGCGAGCACUUGGGCACUGUUAAGCUGGCGCUCAGCGAAUUUCUGGGCAAAGAGCGUCCGCUGUCGGCAGACAAGCAAAAGUUGUUUAAGUCUCUGGCAACGCGCACGGAUAAUCUUUGUCGUCUGCAGCAGCCAAUGCAGACCCAAUUGGAUGCCACGGCUCUUAUAUAUUUCUACGCCACCUUGGGCUGCAAUGCGGCUACACUCAAGACGCAUGUGAAGCAACAGCGCAGUGCCUUUUUGUUGCAUAAUUUCAUGGCUGCCUGCAACAAGCUGGACAAGAACUUGAGCGUCUUUCAGUGCGCAGUGGCACCAGCUGGCGCUGCUUUAAGCAGUCAGCGCAUCUAUGAAACGCAGCGUGAAUUUCUAAGUACACACUUGGAGUUUCUGCUGCGUAUGGAGGCCUUGUCGCACUUAUUUCUGGAGCAGGAGCAUCCAUUUCAAACGCAAACAAAGGACUAUCGCAAUUGCAUUAAACUAGCGCCCAUCGAACGCGCUGGCGAGUAUUAUAUACUGAGAAAUGAUUUGGAAAACUAUUUUACGGCUACGUUUUAUAAUCUAACAACAAUUGCGCCACACGACUGGAAAUCCUAUGAAAGAAUGCGUCAUUUGGCCAACAAGCUGCUGCAACUGCGCCCUGUGGAUGAUUAUUUACCCAAUCAAAUUAUAGAUCAAGGCAUUGAUGUGUUGCAAAUCAUGCGCAACAUACACACGUUUGUCUCCAGCUUUGCGUACAAUAUGAAUCUGCAACUGUUUGUGGAAAUCCAGAGCAGCAACAAGCAUCUGGAUAUUGUGGGCGCCAGGCAUGUGGCAAACUCUGUGCAGACACAUGGCACUGGCAUUAUAAAUACUACAGUUAAUUUUAUAUAUCAGUUUCUGCGUCAAAAGUUCUAUACAUUCUCCACAUUUCUGCAUGAUGAGCAUAUCAAGUCGCGUUUACUUAAGGAAUUUCGCUAUCACGCCGAGCACAAGCAUGAUAGCUCAUAUCAAUCGUAUCCUUACGAAAGAGCCGAGAGUUUCAUUAAGAAAAUACGCAAAUUGGGCGUGGCCAGGAGUGGAGAAACCUACAUGGACCUGUUUCGCAAAGUUGUAACGCAAAUUGGCAAUGCUGUGGGCUAUGUGCGCCUGCUGCAAGCGGGCAGCAAGAAUGCCAACUUUAGAAGUCGCUCCUAUAUGUCCAGAUCCAACAAUAGCUUUGAGCGCGCUGAGGAUAACAAUCUAGAUGAGCUUACUGAGAGCGCUAUCAAGGCCUAUGAGAAAAGCAUAGGACAUCUCAAGGAGUGUUAUUCCGAUCGCACAAAUUACUUUAAGCUACUUCUGCAAGGCUUUCAGCCUUUCUUCUGCAAUCCACAUAACAAUCAUCUGCGCACUUUCUAUUUAAUAGCGCCUGCACUGAUUAUUAACUAUAUAGAAAAUAGAGUUAAGGACAAAUUGCAAAUGCAUAAAAAGACUCAAGCCAAGUGUGUCCUAUUUGAGGAUGGCUUUGCCAUUGGUCUAAUAUAUAUAUUAAAUAUGCUAAAACAACUCAACGAAUUCCAUGAGCUCAACUGGAGUCAAACCACCACACAACGACUGGAAGCACAGCGCCUUAAGCUGCAGGAGUUUGUUGCCAGCAACGAUCAGAAGAGUUCACCCAGCAAGGCGGCUGCUGAUAGCGAGGAGAAGCUGCUGCAGACCAUGGCCAUAACCGAGCGGCAUGUUAAUGCCUAUGAGCAGGAAUAUAAUCUGCUAUAUGCCACCCUUAGUAGUGCUGAAAUAUUUUUUCAGUAAUUAAAAAGCGCUUCUUAUAUUUAUGGGUUACAUACCAUUUUGAUUGUAAUUUUGUUAGUGUUUUUAUUAAGACGAAAUUAUUAAAUUGUUUUCAAUAAAUAUUGUAUAUAUGUAGUUAAAUAUGUAAAUUUGUUUAACUGUUUGUUCAUAAUUGUAUUUAAUUAGAAUUUUCUUGUUUGUCUACAAUUGUAAGUAUUUUGUAGUUGGGCAGCGUCGGCCUCUUAAUGCAAGUUCAAUUUUUAAACAAUGCUUACUAGUUUAGUUUUAGAUUAUUUAACAUUAAAUGCACUUGUUGAAAACAACAAUAAAGUGCUUGAUGAUUUAACAAGCCUAGAUUUGUUUAUAGAGUCCAUUAAAAUUGUUUCUUAUUUCGUAUUGAAGAACUCUGGCGAAUAGGCAACAAAAAAAGUUUACA